AUGUUUAGCGAUAAUGAUAUUAACUCUGAAAAAAUCCAAGCUCCCGCAUGCAUGUUGGCUUUGGAGCCGUUUAACGAUGAUAAUGUCAAUGAAAACCACCUCAACUAUGAAAAAAGACGAAGGGAUGAAGAUUGUCAAAUCAAAAAGGAAUCUUGCACGGAAUAUUUUGGCUCCCGCCGUGGUAUCGUAAACUUCCUGGACAUCACGGAAAGUUUUAUCGACAAUGACACGCUGACGGAGGAAAAUCAGAUCGCGUCUUUAAAGGGCCUUCAGUGUUGUGGCGACUCUGGCGAAAAUGAUCCUCACAAACAAGGUAGCGAUGAUGAAUUAGAAAAAGUCGCGCUAACCAAAUCGCUUAAUAGUAUUGUUCUAAAAUCUAUACACUCCAGUGGAAGCAUCGGCAGCCGAGAGGGCUUUCAGCGAUUGCCCUGGUCGAGUGGGUAUUAUGGAGGGCAAGACGAUCACGGCCGUCGAAUGCGGAGUCCCUCGACCGACUCCUGUACAAUAGAGCGCGAUGAAAUGUUUAACCGCGUCCAGACGCUCGUGUCGCGGAUGCAAACACGUCGCACGGGGUCUCAAAUCACCGACUUGUACGCAAGUUUGACUGGAGAAGACUGGGCCGAUGCAUCAAUAAGUUCUAGUCGAUAA